AUGUCACGGAAGGAGACGUUGCCUCCGGAACGAGAUCCACCAGCUCCACCAAGCCUUCUGAGUCUGCCCACGGUGAGUCAGGCUCCAGAUGAACUGGCGCUCACCAUUGAUCCGCCCCGAGCUUGGUUUACAACGUUGGGUGGAGUUUCACGGUAAGGUAAACAACACAUUACUGAGGGAGUGGAUUUACAGUACUUUACUGAUCUUUGUUUUUCAAUAGUAGGGUAGGUACUGUAGGGUGGGUAGGGUAGGUACAGUAAGAUGGGUAGGGUAAGAUAUGGCAUGGUAUUGUAGAGCUGUAUAUGCCUCAAAUAAGUUAGAUUGAAGUUAAAAUAGACCUUUGUUACCCUAACCUAUUCCUUCAGUCAUUUACUAUGCAAUCACGGUCCGGACCGGCUGGCGAUGAAGGUGCGGUGCAGCAACAACCAUGCCUUCAGGGUGAAUCCCGUCUUCCUGUUCCUGGGCGAAGGGCACACUCAGGAGUUUGAAGUGAGUUGAGUGAGUGCCGUUGUGUCGCUUCGGAUGUUGUUGCUUCAGUAGCCGUACGUCGCUUUAGCUGUUGUUGAUUCAGUAUCCGUUGUUGAUUAAGUAGCCGUGUAGUAGCGAAAGUAGCCGUGCCGUUUGUUUGUUGUCGCUUCUGAUCCCGUUAAUUUAGCUAAUCCGUUUACAAGGCGGCGAACCGCGCAAAGACAAGGUUCAGCUUUUGUUUACCGUAGCCCGGUAUUCGGAUGAAGACCCGGCUUCUUUGUUUGGGCAGAAUGCGAAGGUACGGUCGGUGGUUCUACAUAUAACGACGAUAUGAAUGCCAUAACUGUCUUUUUACGCCAAUAAAAACUAUAUAAACUACGAGAAACUAAUGAAUAUGUCUAAAGGUAUUAGAGUGUUCACAUAAUUCUGUCCUCUUUCUCAAAAUUAAUUUUGGGGGUUAGGGAGCUCAGAAUUUCUUGAACAACCUAUAAAUAAAAAAUCGAAUAAACCGACAGUUUUUGUUGAACUGACCUAUGCCUUUACAUUUCAAAAAACCUAAUUUACCUUCGAAUUUUUAUAAAAUUUCCAUAAACCUUGAGUGUAUAAAGGGCCGAUCACUUUGGAAGACAGCUCAUUCUGAAAAGUUUUUGGAUCUUGCCAACCGGUUACGCUGAUAUCGAAAAAUGAAGAAAAAGGACGCAAAGGGAGGGUAGGUUACUGUCUUUGUAUGUUUUACUGAGGGUUACAUUCUGGUAUUACAGUCUUUUUAUGUUUUACUGAGCAUCAUAUUCUGUAGUUAUAAGUUUAUUACAAACUAGGUAAGACUUUAGGGGCAUUUUAGUUGUCAAGUUUUACUUUCUUCAAGGUUUUUAUGUAAAUAUUGAUUAUUUGGGGCCAAAAAAGCUUAGAGUAAAGUGAUUUUGCCUGUAAUGUCACAGCAACUUUUUAUUGUCAUAUAAGUAGUGACAUUGCGAUGUUACAGCUUCUAUAAUACCUGUCAAAAUUUGCAGAGCGAAGAGCAAGGGCGGUUCAAAAGAUGCCAAGUCCAAAGUGGAGAAGACAGCCUAGGAGGAAGUGAGUAUACCUAUACCUAUAAGUGAUUUCUGGUCAAUCUGUUUAUCUUUUUUUUACUUUCUCUUUGAUUUUAGGUAUACUCUUAGGUGUUUUUGGUAUAUUUUACUUUUCUCUGUUAAAUCUAAAGGCUAAUAUAGAAAGUCUGUCUCUACGACUCGUUUCAGGCCAAGCCAAAUGUAGUUCCGAUGGCGGCCGAUUCGCUUAUUCAUGUCUGGAAGUGGUUCAACAGAACCCUCGACCGUGGCGUCUCAGGUCUUCAGGCCGAGUUCGCCGAGAUGAAGCGUUACUGCCCUAAGGACAUGGAUGUGAAGACAUUCAAUGCCAAUUGGGAGGCCGGCCGAUGUCGCUACAAAGACGUGCCGUGCCAAGAAGCAGCCAGAGUCAUCUUGAAGUGGCCUGGCCUACCCUACGACUUUAUCCACGCCAACUACGUGCCAGCUCCAAAAUCUCAAAAGCGUUACAUUUGUACGCAGGUGGGUCUACUACAAUAUGUUACUGUUUCGUCGCAAUAUUGAAUUUUACCUAUAAGUUAUUAUACUUUGUACUCUUGUAGGGUCCUCUGGAAUCGACAGUGGCCGACUUCUGGCGGAUGAUUGUGCAAGAAGAGACAGACAGCAUCAUCAUGUUGUGCAAUUGCAUCGAGAAGGGCAUGGACAAGUGCGCCCAGUACUGGCCCUCCCAGUUAGGUCAGACAGUACAGUACGAUGGAGACAAACUUACCGUAACCAGUGGGUCCAUCAGUCCUUUAACCGUCAACGAGCAGAGUGUGGCCCGUACUCUGUUGACGCUCAAGUGGAAGAUGAAUGGCAAACAGAACGAACGUGAGGUCCGCCACUUCCAGUGGGUGGACUGGCCUGACCGUGGAGUGCCGAACGGCCUGAGCACGGUGUUCGACUUGCUGUCUGCUGUCAGAGGCAGCGAGAAGCCGAUCGUUGUCCAUUGUUCUGCCGGUAUCGGUCGAACCGGGUCGAUUGUGUCGAUUGCCUACAUCAUGGAACGCUUCCAGUUAGGUCACCCGUGUGAAGACAUGCCCGAGAUCUUCCGCGAGCUCAGAAACUCUCGUCCGUACUCGAUCCAGAAGGAAGUUGUGAGUUUUGAAACUUAAAAAGACUUCUUCCUCGCUUUUGUUACCUAAAAUAGUGUUUUCAGUCGUCUUGUUACCUAAAAAGCAGCUGAUUUAAAAAAAAACAAUUUUUAUUUUUAUUAUUUUAAGUAUGUUCUUUAUGAAUAAACUAUGUAGACAACGUUAAUCUGAAAAGUUUAGCAAUACCUGUUUGUCCACCGCGUCAUCUUGUACUACUUUGCGGAGCGAAAGGGGAACUUCCCCCCGACUGAUGCACGCUACGUCAAGUUCGUGGAAGAGUACAACAAGGCCGUCUGCUGA